UAAGGAGAUAUGAACAAUCAAUCCUGGAGAUGGACAUUAGGUUUAGUAUAUUUAUUUGUAGUUGCGGCAAUCUGGAUUGCUGCGAGUUUUGUGAUUCAAGCGGUUGUUGAUGGGGGUGUUUCGCCUUUUCUCCUUACAUAUAUGGGGAAUUCAUUGUUUGUUAUUUACAUUCCUUUGGUUGAAAUGGCACGGUAUUUGGAGGAUGUUUAUGGAAGUGUAUUCUUUUGGCGUAAAAGGAAAGAAGUUCGUUCUCAAACAGCUGAACCAGAGGCUGUUAUUCUUCUUCAAGGGAAUGGUAAUGAUCUUGAAGAUGAUGAUCUAAAUCCCAGAAGACCUUUUGUACAAGAGAAAGUAAAGCAAAGUACUGAAUUGGGUAAUGGUGGUGAUAUUGAUUUGAGCAAAUGUGGAAUUGAUAAAGGAUUGGAUUCAAAAGGGAGAUGGACAAGGAUUAGAGUUGCUAAGGCUAGCUUAGUGAUAUGCCCAUUUUGGUUUUUAGCUCAACUCACAUUCAAUCUAUCCCUUCAAUACACAACAGUUACAUCUAAUACCAUUUUAAGCAGUUCUUCGAGCUUGUUCACAUUUCUGGUAUCUCUUUCAUUCUUGGGUGAGAAAUUCACUUGGCUGAAGUUUUUCAGUGUUCUUCUUUGUAUGGGAGGAACUGUAAUUGUUAGUUUGGGCGAUACUGAAGCUGGACAAAGUCCAAUUGCAUCCAAUCCAGCUGUUGGAGAUACACUUGCUAUUAUUUCAUCGGCUAUCUAUGCUGUUUACAUUGCUCUUAUUCGUGUUAAGUUGCCUGAUGAUGAUGGGAAAAAUUGUCAAGCAAGUAUGGGACAGUUUCUUGGGUAUCUUGGAUUGUUCAACAUUCUGCUCUUCUUUCCUGUUGCACUUAUACUUGAGAUCACCAAGCUAGAGUCUUAUAACAUGCUUACUUGGAAACAAAUCGGCUUAAUUGUUGGCAAUGGGUUGAUAGACAACGUGUUGAGUGAUUAUCUCUGGGCGAAAUCUGUCCUUCUAACGAACCCGACAGUUGCAACAGCGGGGCUCACGAUUCAAGUGCCAAUGGCUGCAAUUGUUGAUACAGCCACGGGCAAUGCCCCUAAAACCAUGGACAUAGUUGGGGCUGUGGCUGUAAUGGUGGGAUUUGCGGGCAUGAAUAUCCCUCCUGGCGCAUUUUCUUCAUCGAAAGAACCAUCUAUUGAACUCGGAAUUAGAGAUCACAAAUUAUCACAGCCUAAAUCAACCACAACUUAAUGGCUUUUGCUGUAUAUUAAUUUCAUUUUUUACUCAUUUGAAUGAUUUGAAAAUGGAUGCUAAAACCUCCGAGAUCUAAAG